CUCCAUUGAAGCGCUGUUCAUCCUUCACAAGUGGAAUCCCAUUUUCCACUUCCUUCUACUCUGUCUUCUCCUCCUCUGUUUUUGCCUCAAAUCUCACUUGUCCAAGUCUCCCUCUGUCUACCUCGUUGACUUUUCCUGUUUCAAGUCACCUUCCUUCUGCAGGGUCCCCUUCUCUACUUUCCUUGAAAACGCCUCCAUGUUCGGAUCUUUCGAUGCUGAAAGUCUAGAUUUCAUGGCCAAAAUCCUCCUUUCUUCGGGACAGAGCGAAGAAACCUACCUUCCUCCAGCACUGCAUUACAUUCCUCCCAAAACCCAUCAACAAGAAUCUAUUGAAGAAGCCGAAAUGGUUCUCCUUCCGAUGAUGGACGACCUUUUAUCCAAAACUGAAGUUUCCUCCGGCGAAAUCGACAUACUCAUUGUAAACUGCUCUGGUUUUUGUCCCUCCCCUGCUCUCUCCUCCAUUAUAAUCAACAGGUACAAACUUAGACAUGACGUUAAAAGCUAUAACCUCUCCGGUAUGGGGUGCAGUGCGGGCGCCAUUGGCAUUGACCUAGCGCAAAACCUUCUCAAAACCCACAAGAAUUCUUAUGCUGUGAUUCUUAGCACUGAAAUCUUAUCCACCGGCUGGUACUCCGGUAACGAGCGGCAGAAGUUGCUUCUCAAUUGUGUCUUUAGAAUGGGCGGCGCCGCCAUCUUGCUGACCAACAAAAAAGAAGCAAGAAAAUCAUCAAAAUAUAAGCUGUUUUGCUCCCUGAGAACACAAAGAGCAUUCGAAGACCGGGCUUAUUACUCCGCCAUUCGCGAAGAGGACUCCGUCGGAAAACUUGGGGUCACACUCAAGAGGGAUUUACUACAAGUAGCCGGAGAAACUGUCAGAUCACAUAUAUCGAUUCUCGGCCAAGAAAUCUUGCCGAUUAUGGAGAAACUACAGUAUCUAUUUUCUAUCAUUAGGAAGAAAUUUGUUUACAAAUCAGAGGAAAUUUACGUGCCAAAUUUCAAGACGGUGAUACAGCAUUUUUGUUUGCCGACUUCAGGGCGGCCGGUGAUAAGAGAGAUAGGUAAAGGACUGAAGCUUGGAGACAAAGACAUGGAGGCUGCUCUGAUGACGCUGCAUAGGUUUGGGAACCAGUCUUCUUCUUCCUUGUGGUAUGAGUUGGCUUACAUGGAGGCCAAGGAGAGAGUGAAGAAAGGUGACAAGCUGUGGUUGCUGGGGAUGGGAACUGGGCCUAAGUCCAAUAGCUUGAUUUGGGAGUGUGUGAGGCCCAUAGUUGGAGAGUCCAGUAAAGGCCCAUGGGCUGGUUGUAUCCAUAGGUAUCCAGUAGCUAUUUGAUUCCAAAAUGGAGAUUUAGAUAUAUCCAUAGACGUAGAAGUUGGCUCAUUGAAAUCUAACAAUAUGUUAUAAGCUUCCAUUAAUGACUCAAACGUCAUGAGAGCCUAAAGAUUAGUAUAUUAAGGUCUUUAAGUCUUAAUCCAGUUUAAUUAUUAAAGAAUAAACUCAAGAAAAUUUU